AUGCAAGUGUUUUUAGCAUUUAACUCUAGUGUAAAUAUUCUUUAUGAAUAUCGAAAUUUUGAUAAUUAUAUCCCACAAGCAAAUACAGUAUUGGCUCAAAAGUUUGCAAAAAAUUUAUCAUCAUAUCAAAUUAAGCUCAGUGCACUAAAAGGCGAAGGAGAUUUGUACAAUAUAGAAUUGGACGAAAAUGUGCUUAUGGAUUUGCUUUCGUUGCCUACUUGGCUUAUGAUUAAAAGUGCAGUUUGCAACAAAGUUCCAUGGACCAAGCUUAAAACUCAUCCGAUAAAUGUGUUACUAGAUCAUGUUGAAUUGCAAAUUCACGCAUUAGACAAACUUAGGGAGUUUACUCUGUCUCGUGUAAUCGUUUCAAGUAAAAAGGCUAAUUGGACCAUUGGCGAUCUACGACACACCAGCUUAUUUUGUUUACAACGUGACAGUAUGCUUUUAUUUAAGGAGGUCGCAUGGGAAAGCACUCGUAUUGAGGCUAAUGGACUUCUUGAGGAUAUCUGUGUUACACCCAUCAUAUUAAUCACAAAUAUGGCUCGUAUCAGAAUCACACUGAAAAAAAGAUUAUCCGGCAACUUAAUUGUCAUUUUUGAUGUCAGUCGCGUUGCAACUAAUCAUAAAAUUUUCGGUUUGUACCUAGCUAAUUGUGGACUCAUCUAUGCGAUAGACAAAUAUUUGCUUUUGGUGGAGGCUUAUCAAAAUCUUUAG